UCGCACCCCGUAGAGGCCCCGCCCUGCGGCCCCUUCCGCCUCCCUUGGCAACCGCAGCAUUGGGUCGCCCCUCGUUAGGACCCCGCGCGCCACGUGGGGCUGUCCCCGGCAACGCCUGACGACAGUGCUUCCCGUACGCCUCAGAACGCGGCCCAAGCGGGCGGUCAAACCGUCGCCCGCUGAACCCGAACCUUUGCGGCCUCUCCGCGCCUUCGUCCCCAGCAGAGCGGCGAGGCCCCGCGGGGGGGCUGCGGGCGCUUCCGAGCAGGCGUCGUCGAGGGCAGCUUGGGGGGCGGGGUCCUCGUCCUGAGGGGCGGGGCGGGGGGGAGGAGAGGAGAGGCUGGCUGAGCCGGGACCGUUGUGGAUGGCAGGCCGAGAUUCGCCUGUGUAACAUAAUGCCAGCUGAGCGCAAGAAGUCAGCAAGCAUGGAAGAAAAAGAAACAUCGUUAGGUAAUAAAGAUAAGGAAUUCGGUGACAGGCGGGUGGUGAAUAGCAGAGAUAAGCCCAAAGAGGAUGUUAGGCUUGGCAUGAAGAGAGAGACGUUAAAGCCACCUGAAGACAAAAAGAAAAAGCUGGAAGAGGAGAAGCGGAAAAAAGAAGAUAAGGAACGGAAGAAAAAAGAUGAGGAAAAAGUAAAAUCUGAAGAAGAGCAGAAGAGAAAAGAGGAGGAGGAAAAGCAGAAACUUGAAGAGGAAGAGAGAAAAAAACAAGAAGAGGAAGUAAAGAGGCAACAAGAAGAGGCAGCUGCUCAACUGAAAGAGAAAGAGGAGGCACAUCAGCUUCACCAAGAAGCAUGGGAGCGCCACCAAGCAAGAAAGGAGCUCAGAAGCAAAAACCAGAAUGCAUUAGACAACCGGCCUGAAGAAAACUUCUUUAGCAGGCUAGAUUCAAGUCUCAAGAAAAACACUGCUUUUGUUAAGAAGUUAAAAACUAUUACAGAGCAGCAGAGAGACUCCUUAUCCCAUGAUUUUAAUGGUCUCAAUUUAAGCAAGUACAUUGCAGAAGCUGUCGCUUCUAUAGUGGAAGCAAAAUUGAAAAUCUCAGAUGUAAACUGUGCUGUGCAUCUUUGUUCACUGUUUCAUCAGCGCUAUGCUGACUUUGCUCCUUCACUUCUUCAAGUCUGGAAAAAGCAUUUUGAAGCAAGGAAAGAAGAGAAAACACCCAACAUUACUAAACUAAGAACAGACUUGCGGUUCAUUGCAGAACUGACAAUAGUUGGGAUUUUCACCGACAAAGAAGGCUUAUCGUUAAUCUACGAACAACUCAAAAAUAUUAUUAAUGCUGAUAGGGAAUCCCAUACUCACGUUUCUGUGGUCAUUAGCUUUUGCCGACACUGCGGAGAUGACAUUGCUGGUUUGAUACCAAGGAAAGUAAAAAGUGCAGCGGAUAGAUUUAACUUGAGUUUUCCUCCUAGUGAAAUUAUUAGCCCAGAAAAACAGCAGCCUUUCCAAAAUCUGCUGAAAGAGUACUUCACAUCUUUGACCAAACAUCUGAAAAGGGACCACAGGGAACUGCAAAAUAUUGAAAGACAGAACAGACGUAUUCUGCACUCUAAAGGGGAGCUGAGUGAAGACCGGCACAAGCAGUAUGAAGAAUUUGCCCUGUCGUAUCAGAAGUUGCUGGCAAACUCUCAGUCUUUAGCUGAUCUCCUGGAUGAAAAUAUGCCUGAUCUUCCCCAGGACAAACCUGUACCAGAAGAACACGGGCCUGGUAUUGACAUUUUUACUCCCGGCAAGCCUGGUGAAUAUGACUUAGAGGGGGGCAUCUGGGAGGAUGAAGAUGCUCGAAACUUCUAUGAGAACCUUAUUGAUUUAAAGGCGUUUGUACCAGCUAUCUUGUUCAAAGAUAAUGAAAGAUGUUCACAGAAUAAGGAUACCAGUAAAGAUGACUCUAGAGAGUUGAAAGAAAUUAAAGAUAACAAAGAUGUGUCUGCUAGUGAAGAUUUGGAGUUGGACCUUGAAAAUCUGGAUAUUAAUGAUGAUCCCCUUGAGUUGGAGUGUGGAGAUGAAGCAGAAGAUCUUGCAAAGAAGCUUCUCGACGAGCAAGGCAAGAAACAGGGAGCAGAUAGCACCGGAGCUGACAAUAGUGACGGAAAGCAAGCUGCAAGAAAGCAAGAAGAUGAAGAGGCCAGUACCGGGUCACACCUGAAGCUUAUUGUAGAUGCCUUUCUUCAGCAGCUCCCAAACUGUGUAAAUAGAGACCUAAUAGACAAGGCAGCAAUGGACUUCUGCAUGAAUAUGAACACUAAAGCCAACAGGAGAAAGUUGGUUCGGGCUCUCUUCAUCGUUCCACGACAAAGGCUGGAUUUGCUACCCUUUUAUGCAAGGCUGGUAGCCACGCUGCAUCCCUGCAUGUCUGACGUAGCAGAGGAUCUCUGCUCCAUGCUGAAAGGCGACUUCAGGUUUCACGUGAGAAAGAAGGACCAGAUCAACAUUGAAACAAAGAACAAGACGGUGCGAUUCAUUGGCGAGCUUACAAAGUUCAAAAUGUUUUCCAAAAGUGACACUCUGCAUUGCUUAAAGAUGCUGCUGUCUGAUUUCUCUCACCACCAUAUUGAAAUGGCAUGCACUCUCUUGGAAACCUGUGGGAGAUUCCUCUUUAGAUCACCAGAAUCCCAUUUAAGAACCAGUGUCCUUUUGGAGCAAAUGAUGAGAAAGAAGCAAGCAAUGCAUCUUGAUGCACGCUACGUCACUAUGGUGGAAAACGCCUAUUACUACUGUAACCCUCCUCCGGCUGAGAAGGCAGUGAAAAAGAAACGGCCUCCUCUCCAAGAGUACAUUCGGAAGCUGCUUUACAAGGAUCUUUCCAAAGUCACUACUGAGAAGGUCCUGCGACAGAUGCGCAAAUUGCCCUGGCAUGAUGCUGAAAUGAAAGACUAUGUUAUAUGUUGUAUGAUCAACAUCUGGAAUGUGAAAUAUAAUAGCAUUCACUGUGUAGCCAACCUUUUAGCGGGACUGGUUCUUUACCAAGAAGAUGUUGGUAUUCAUGUCGUGGAUGGUGUCCUGGAGGAUAUUCGACUAGGAAUGGAGGUUAAUCAGCCGAAAUUUAACCAGCGGAGAAUCAGCAGUGCAAAGUUCCUGGGUGAGCUGUACAAUUACAGAAUGGUGGAGUCUGCAGUAAUAUUUCGAACUCUAUAUUCAUUCACAUCAUUUGGUGUGAACUCUGAUGGAACUCCAAGCCCACUUGAUCCUCCAGAACAUCUUUUCCGAAUUAGACUGGUCUGCACCAUCCUUGACACUUGUGGGCAAUACUUUGACAGAGGAUCUAGCAAACGGAAACUGGACUGCUUUUUGGUCUAUUUUCAGAGGUAUGUUUGGUGGAAGAAAAGCCUAGAUGUUUGGACAAAAGAUCAUCCAUUUCCUAUUGACAUUGACUAUAUGAUUAGUGAUACUCUAGAACUGCUGAGACCAAAGAUGAAACUCUGCAAUUCACUGGAAGAAUCUGUUAGGCAGGUACAAGACCUGGAAAGGGAAUUCCUGAUCAAACUAGGCCUUGUGAAUGACAAGGACUCUAAAGGUUCAAUGGCAGAAGGGGAGAACCUAGAGGAGGAUGAGGAAGAGGAAGAAGGUGGAGUAGAGAUAGAAGAACAAUCUGGAAAUGAAAGUGAAAUAAAUGACCCAGAGGAGGAGGAGGGCUCUGAAAAUGAGGAUGAAGAGGAGGGAGAAGAAGAAGAAGAGAAUACAGAUUAUCUCACAGAUUCAAAUAAGGAAAAUGAAACUGAUGAAGAGAAUACUGAAGUAAUGAUCAAAGGAGGUGGACUGAAACGUGUCCCCUGUGCUGAAGAUGAAGACUUUAUUCAAGCACUGGACAAAAUGAUGCUGGAAAAUUUACAGCAAAGGAGUGGUGAAUCCGUGAAAGUACAUCAGUUAGAUGUGGCAAUUCCCCUUCAUCUCAAGAGCCAGCUAAAAAAAGGCCCUCCUCUGUGUAGUGGGGAAGGAGAAUCAGAGUCUGAUGACACAAUGCCUUUCGUCAUGCUAACCCGAAAAGGCAAUAAGCAGCAGUUCAAGAUCCUCAACGUGCCAAUGUCUUCCCAACUGGCUGCGAACCAUUGGAACCAGCAGCAGGCUGAGCAAGAAGAGAGGCUGAGAAUGAAGAAGCUGACGCUGGACAUCAACGAACGGCAGGAGCAAGAGGACUAUCAGGAGAUGAUGCAAUCCCUCGCCCAGCGGCCAGCUCCAGCAAACACCAAUCGAGAACGGAGGCCCCGGUAUCAGCAUCCCAAGGGAGCACCUAAUGCUGAUCUAAUCUUUAAAACUGGUGGGAGGAGACGUUGAUCCAGCAAGCAAGUGUCAUUUCAUUAUGUCCUCUAUCUCCAAUGUUAUGGAUUAGUGGAGUUCUCCAGCAAUUACGUGAGAGCAGUGGACACAUCUGAGCACAUCAGUCUAGAGAGUUCAGAAUCAAAAGCCUGAGACAAGCUGGGGCCAUAGAACAGAUACACACCAGCCUCCACUAAAACAGAAAUAGCAGACACUUCUAGUCAUGGCGUACCAAAAAAAAAAAAAAAGCAUUUUGUUAUGGCACAGUGUGAGGGUUAAUCUUCUCAUGAGAAUGAAAGAAAAUUAAUGAGAUGGUUAACUUUACUAAGUGAACAGUUCAGUUACAGCAAAGAACAAUGGAUUAUGGCAGUACAAAGACAGUUGUAAUGGUUGAAGUGUGUGUGUGGGGGGUGGAAAUCAGAACUGAUAAAGAGUGGCAUUUCUUUGGAACUGAACAUGUUGUGUCAGGAGAAUAUUCAUUUGGGGAGCUCCAGGUAUGCAGUACAAAAGGGAUGGAGCAAAAGGUAAAUAUCAUGUAGUAAACCCCAACAGGUAAGGCAAGCAAAACCAAAGUUCCAGAUGUUCCACAAGAAAACACGUCUAAGAGGAAGAAAUCCUGCUUUCUGAGCAGGCGGAAGGAGAGCGAAGUUUGGAAGAAGGCAAGGGAGGGGACCAGAAAGAUCCCUGGACCAGGCAUGAGUUCCUCGGGGUCAGUGAAGAUGAUGGAAAAGCCAACAACACUGAUCUCCAGUUGCCUAGAACAGCCUGAGAGCAGCCUAAGAACAGGAGUGUAGUGGCGGUCAUUGGAAGCAUCGUUGAAAACCAAAAUGUGCCAGUCAGCAUGAUAAACAGAUGCUGUGAAGUGGAACUGAAUGUUCUGUUGACUUACAUGCUUUGUGAAGCCUCUGUCUAUAUAUUUUAAAAGGGGGGGGGGGGAGUUGGCAACAAGUAGAAUUUUUAUUUUUCUAAAGGGAAAUGAGGUUUCUCGGUCAGUUUCUGACAAUUUUGUUUAUUAGUAUAGUUGUGGAGGGAUUAUUUUUGAUUGCUUCUACGUAGAUUGUAGUACAUUCAGUUAACAAGCACAUCUGUAUGCUACUGAUUUUUUCUAGCUAUUUAAAAAAUGUUUUUACAACUGUUGAGUUCUGCAUGUAGAAUUGUAAAUGAGACUUGUAUGCACUUAUAACAUUUCUCUCACGCACUCACGCGCAAUCAGAAAUGCCACCUGAUCUUCACCAGCUUCAGAAAUCUGAUCUUUGCCAAUGCUGCAAUAAAGUGUUGUAAUUUA